UACAGAGCUUAGCACAUUGAAUGUGCCUAAAGAACUGUUAUCCAAUUCCAAAAUGUAUUUUCUAUUAUAUAACCCAUCACAUUUCCUCUUGACUAGCUCUCUCUCUCUCUCACUGCCAUAGAAUGUUCAAAACAGAAUACAGAGAAGGAGAGACUGUUGUGACCUAGGCAAGAAUUAUGCAUUUAGAAUGCCACCAAAAGAAGCCAGGUCAAAGAAAGAGUAAGAGUACAUACUUUUACAUAAAUUAAUCUCCACUUAAUGAUAAUGGCAUUGAAGAUACUGACAGCUGCCAGUUGCUUUGUGAAGGUCAUAUUCCGACCUACCGUUCUCGGCCGUUCUUGGGAGGUUUUACUUGGCCACGAGACCUCACUGAGGAGCUUCUCAUUUAAAUACAAUAUUCCUCCAUCAGCCAAAUAUGGUGGGCGGCACACUGUGACUAUGGUUCCUGGGGAUGGCAUUGGGCCUGAACUUAUGCUGCAGGUCAAGUCUGUGUUCCGAUACGCGCAUGUGCCUGUGGACUUUGAGGAGGUGAGAGUUAAUGCCACUUCUUGUGAAGAGGACCUUCACAAUGCCAUCAUGGCAGUCCGUCGAAACCGUGUGGCCCUGAAGGGCAACAUUGAAACUGACCACAACCUGCCACCAUCUCAGAAAUCCCUCAACAACAUGUUUCGCACUGCUCUAGAUCUCUAUGCCAAUGUCAUCCAUUUUAAGAGUCUGCCAGGUGUGAAGACCCGGCACAAUAACGUUGACAUCUUAGUUGUUCGAGAAAACACAGAGGGUGAAUACAGCAACUUGGAGUAUGAGAGUGUGAAAGGAGUGAUACAGAGCCUAAAGAUCAUUACUGAGGCCAAGUCUCUGCGCAUUGCUAAAUAUGCCUUCUGGCUGGCCCAGAAGAUGGGGCGCAAAAAAGUGACAGCUGUGCACAAGGCCAACAUCAUGAAACAGGGAGAUGGUCUCUUCCUCCAGUGCUGUAAGGAGGUGGCAUCCCACUAUCCCCAGAUCACCUUUGAAGGCAUGAUUGUGGAUAACACCACCAUGCAGCUGGUAUCCCGACCCCAGCAGUUUGAUGUCAUGGUAAUGCCCAAUCUUUAUGGCAACAUUGUCAACAAUAUCUGCACAGGGUUAGUUGGUGGAGCGGGCCUUGUGCCUGGUGCCAACUACGGCUCCAAACACGCAGUAUUUGAAACAGCCGCAAGACAGUCAGGCAAGAAUAUAGCCAAUAAGAAUAUAGCUAACCCUACUGCCAUGCUACUGGCAAGUUGUAUUAUGCUGGAUUACCUGAAGCUAUACUCCUAUGCCACCUCCAUUCGAAAUGCAGUCUUGGCAUCCAUAAAGAACAAAGAUGUCCAUACUCCAGAUAUCGGAGGCCAGGCUACCACAGUAGAUGUCACUAAUAAUAUCAUAAACCACAUCACUUAAAUCAGUUAAAUUGUCAGUACCUUGGAAUCUGAACUAUUCCCUCCCAAAGUCUUUCUAACCCACUCUUUACCUCAGUCUAUCCACUCAGAAAUUCCAGCCAACUUGGC